GCAUUUGUUAUUGUUAUUAAUUAACCUAAAAUGUAAAAGUGACUCAUGUCUUGUAAAAUAAUGUUAAUUUAAAUAACUUCUUAAGAUCCUAAUUCUCGUGCCUUUGGAAUAAUGUAUAAAAUAUUUAUAUGUUUGUUUGUAUUUACCAGUUAUAUCUCUUCAGCAUUUUGCUCUCUAUGGUGUUAUGAAUGCAUAAGUACACAGCCGGGAUGUGGAGAAAAAUUAAAUUGGCUGUGGCAUUGGACACGGGUGUGCCCUGAGCAAGACGAUGUGUGUGUAAAAAUUUUGGAAACUAAAGACGCCGACGUCGUAAUAACAAGAACAUGUCUAAGCUCAUUGAAGGGUUUACGUAAAGAUAUCCCUGCUGACCAUUACGAAGGAUGUCGUCCAGCUGCCAAGCAGAGUAUUCUAGGAAAUUAUGUUAAUAAUUCCAUUAAAGAACUUGAUAUUUAUCGAAACCACUACGACUCUACUACAUUCUGUUUUUGUUUCUUGGAUAAUUGGUGUAAUGGAUCUGGUUCGAUGAUUGCGUCCAUUAUUUUAAUAGUUUUUAGUGUACUUAGUGUCUAUUUUUUACAUUGAAACUUGAUAUUUUUAUACUUAAAUCUAACAAAAUCACUGUAGCUUUACAGCUACUCUGACAAAUUUUUAAUUGUACAUACAGAAUGCUUCCAAGUUUUGAA